CUUUGGCUUUAGUGCUAAUUAUCAUGGGUUAGCAUGCUAAUGUGCUAAACUAAGACGUUGUAUCUUCAUCACCAUCACAUAUGUGGUUUUUAAAGGAUGUCCCAAAAGGGGGAGAUUUACACCACUGCCUCUGACUUUGUUCUUGGGUGCAAGGAGGCCAAUUGGAAAUGCAGUUUAGCUUUUUUAUAUUUGUUUGAGCCUCACUGAUGCUUCCAAAACGAGGUAAAAUACUCUCAGUUCCUGGUCCUGGUUUCAGGUCUGCGAGUCUCCACCCUCUGAUACUUAACCUAACCACUGAGGGCUAAUUUCUACCUGACAGCAGCUCUGUCUCUGAGAAAACCCACACAGGAAGAGACCUGUCCUCACCAACGGUACACUUGAGUCUGAGGUUCAGUCAGCAGUGAGACAACAUGGAGGUCACAGCUCUCUGCAUCCGCCUGCGUGAGUACUGACCAUCUCUGUUUGAUACAAACUAAAAGAUAAAGUGCUCAUUUGAACUUAAGGCUGUGAGAUGAAUUAUGUUGCAGGUUUCAUGAUGCAAAUCUGUGUUAUCAAGGCUUUUAACUGGACCGUUGUAUUUUUCGUAUCAGUGACGAACUAUGCGUCGACCCACAAGAGUCGCUGUGAGAACUUUCUUCUCUUUUGUGUCUCCAGUAAUGAAUGUUUUGUUCCUGCUGAGUGCACUUGAUCACACAGCUGAUUCAUUGUUUCUUCGUGUCGACCCAAACAGAGAGCAGUUCUUUCGAUAUGACCCUGUAGCUCUACACUGUGAUGCAUCAUCUGGCUCGGUUCAAUGGAAAUUUGUACAUAAGUCAGAGGUAGAAAAACCCAAUUGUAAACUAACUGAUGGGGCGACAUCAACAGGCUCGUCCUGCAGCUUUAAAAAUGUUUAUCCAGAAGAGGGUGGAGAGUACUGGUGUGAGGACGGAGAGGGGAAGAGAAGCAACAACAUCACCUUCACUGUCACCAAUGGUUCUGUGAUCCUGGACAGUCCUGCUCUUCCUGUGAUGGAAGGAGCUGCUGUGACUCUGCGCUGCAGAUCCAAGACGACUUCCUCCAACCUCACAGCUGGUUUCUAUAAAGAUGGCCGCCUGAUCAGGAGCAACUCUACAGGAGAGAUGAUCAUCCACAGUGUUUCCAGGUCCGAUGAAGGACAGUACAAGUGUAACAUCUCUGGAGUUGGAGAAUCAUCGGAAAGUCUUUUGGCUGUCAUAGCAAAAAAACAUAAAGAAGAGCACUCCUCCAGUUCCACGCCUUGGAUCAUUGUCACUGUUGUAUUGCUGGUUCUGCUGAUGGUGGUCGGACUACGUCACCUUGGCACAAGUCCCUGGAGCAGAGCAGUAUGGCUCUACCUGUCCACACUAUCACCUGGGUCAGGCUCCACUGAGGAUCAAACAGAGUACAGGCCUGCUGAGGCAGCCAAAGAGACGUAUGCCACUGUAAGAAAAAAGAAGAAGAAAGAUGAGGAUGAAAUGUCUAAACCAGUUUACUACAUCUUGGGCGUGGAUGAAAAUGAACAACUCGCAGAAGCAGAUCCACCAGGAGCAUCUUGCAGCACAGUCAACUACACAGUACACAACCCACCAGAGGACGCCUUCUACUCUACAAUCCAGUUGGUUGAUUAGUGACAGCUGACAGACGGAGAUGGCUUCACACUGAAACUCAGUGAAUUGUUGGUACUGUAAUUAAAUGAGCUACUUCUGCUCAGUGAAAGGUUUUAUUUCUUUCAGUUUCAUAUCUGCUUUCUGUUUUACAAUUAUACUGUCUGGUUUUUCCUGUACAAAUAAUGUGGACAGACAAAUUUACUUCAGGUGAUUGGUAUUGUGUCAUUUUGUAGGUGAGCAUGUUGAUAAAAAUGAUGGUGUGUGCAUUCAGGUAGUGCUGUGCAUGUAACAGUUAAAAUUGUGUAUUUUUAUAUGAAUCAUAUCUCUUAUUGUUUCUCACUGAACUGGACUGACAUGAUUGUAUGGGGAGUUUAAAGCUUUUCAAAAUGGACCAAGGUCUUUAUCUUAGCAGCUAGCAGUUAGCUAACGCAGUUCUCCAACAGGGCUGGUGGAGCUGCUGUGGGGUGGGGGUUCACCAGGGUAAGAUAACGGAGUGAAACAAAGGUGAAUGAAUGUGAUUUAUGUAAUAAACAAGACUUUGAUGUUAUCAUGCAGACUUUAUUGUAUUAAAAUUCAACUUGGAGCCUUUUUAUGUUGCAGCUUUGUGUGGGGACAUGAACCUUUAUUUACUCAUUAGAAUCAGUUUCAGAACCUCACAGUUUCACAGUUUGACCAACUUGUUCCAUCUGCUCUUCCUGUUCCCACCUGUGAGGCCACAGUUCAUAGGAGUAAAGCUGCUGCAGCCAGUUAUACACUAGCUGUGGUGAGCUACGAGCUUUUGGUGCUGCAUAAUUUUUAUCUAAUGCAGACACACUGAGUCUGUGGUCAGUGUAAUAACCUGGAUACAGUCAGCGUUUAAAUGAAAGUCUGAAGGUUACUGAUGAGAAGAAACAAAUACAACUGCUAUUAAAGCAGUUAAAAGUCAUGUUCCACGCAUCAGCGUGUAGUUCUGUUUGUUCUGUGAUGUAAAACGUCACUUUUUCCUCUCCUCUGAGUCGUUGAUAGAUUGAGCAGGCUCAUUUAAGAAUGUGAGUCAUGAUUCAGACAUGAUUUAAUAAUAAUUUACAAUAAAAUGAAAAAGGAAAGAUGGCCAGUAGAAAUCAAAACAUUUUAUUGUUGUAUUAAAACCUGAUAAACCAGAGAGUGUCAUCCAAAGUUACAUCCAAGCCAUUUUGAAACCACAGAGGGAUUUUUUCAUGGAAAUAAAACUCUGAAUAUGUAAUUGUGAGGGACAGAGAUGAGUUUUUAGGGUUUACCAGGGGAUGGACAUUUCCAUAAAAUCACAUCUAGGUUUAUGUUACAAUUACCAUUUUUUACAAUUGUAUUAUUGUUUCUUUGUUGUCUGUCAACAUUUUAUGGCAGACAAGUCUAAACACUACAAUAUAUAUAAUAUACUUCAAUGUUAGCUGUUUCCAAAAACCACAGAUAUGUCUAAGACUGACAUUUGUACCAAACGUGUCAU